ACGAAUAGACGCCCUGGAUCAACGAAGCUCUCAUUCAGCUCGACGUCAAGACCUCUCCGCACGACCCCUCGCCCCUCGACGCUACGUAAGUGCCGCCAGUCGCUUCUAUGGAUCCGUUGGAUGCUGCUGGUAGUGAUUUUGUGCGGGCUGGUGGACUUUGGCGGGGUGGAUGGGGACGAUUUACGAUAGAUAACGGGUCCCCAGUAUGCAGGCUAGAGAGAUCUCAUGCUGACUAUAUCCGUGUCGCUGCAGCCGGAUUAGUGCGAGCAUUUUGUCGCAGUGAGUUUCAGAUUGUCUGCUGAAUGCGACAGUCUGUACUGAACCAACGAAGCUACCGACCUCCGUACUCGACCCGCCCAGCAUGAUCAUUACCAAGCAGAACAGGCGCACCAUCUACGAGAACCUCUUCAAGGGUGCGAAGGGUGUCUUGGUCGCCAAGAAGGACUACAACGCGCCGAAGCAUGAAGACCUAGAUGUCCCCAACCUGGAGGUCAUCAAGGCCAUGCAAAGCCUUACUUCUAAGGGCCUUGUGAAGACCCAGUUCUCGUGGCAGUAUUACUACUACGUCCUCACCCCCGAGGGUGUUGAGUACCUCCGCGAGUGGCUUCACCUGCCCGCCGAGAUCGUUCCCGCCACACACAAGAAGGCGGCUCGUCCUCCCCGCCCCGCUGGUCUCCGCCCUGGUGGCGAGGGUGCCUACCGUGCCCCCCGUCCCGACCGCGACGAGUACAGGAAGAAGGAGGGUGGUGCUCCCAGCGAGUUCCGGCCACAAUUUGCCGGUGUCGGCAGGGGUGCUCCUCGGGAGUAGGGUCGUGUGUGACAGCAGCUCAUCGCCGUAUUCCUCACGCUACAGGGGCGGCGUGGGGAUGCCGGAGGGGUCGUCUCGGCGACCCUCUUCACUAUGCUGGCGGGUGGCUUUCUACAUCCAUUUCCUCCUUGUCUUUUGUCGCAAAAUUGUAGUAUGAGCUUUCCCAUGCCCUGCUUAUGCUAUGGCUAUCUCGGACGCGGUAGGAGAAAUAUGACAUUCAUCCGAAAAGCUCUACUACAUUCCUGGGUGCGUCGCUGCCACGAUUUUCCGCUCUGUAGUCGACUAUCUGCCUUGUGAAAGAACUGUCUCGCUAGGUUAUGAUCUGCUGCAAAGCGCAAGAAUAAGUGGACACACCUGACUCUGCCACAUCCCCUCGCGCCACUGACGAACAGCGUUGAUUGCAUUGCCGCCAUCUUGUCCAAGAUUCCCCAGAUUCCAGAGUCUUCCCACAAUAAUCCAGUGUCAUCCUCGUACGCUAGCUCCAACUCUUCGCCCGUGCUUGUCGCCCUGUAGCGCUGGAUCUCCUCGCCCAGGCCUGUCAAGUUCCACCCCUCCAGCGGGCCAUCGGCCGCGAACGCCGCCUUCACGAUCUCGAUCGCCUCGAAGUGUUCCUUCUCGAACGACCUGAACGUGUUCGAGCGCUGCUCGGGGCUGUGCACGGGUGC